GAUCCCUUUCCCAAACGGACGAUGCGUUUUGCGGCCAAUAUAUCGUCGCUCUUUGAAGACAUACCAAAUCAUAUCAAUAAAUAUGAAGAAGUCAUCAAAAGAAAAGACUUCACUUUCGAUGCCAUCGAAGCCCAGAACCCAUACGAGUGUUCUCUCGAGGAAUGGAGACAACUGUUGACAAGAGCCCCACCACUCAAAUGGGUGCUCAUAAACAGUCGUCCCCUUUGGAACCAAUACAACGAUGUGAUGCCAACCAAAGAGCAAUUGGAACUAUUCCUCAAACAGACCGCCGAUUAUGUCAAAGAACUGAACGCAUCGAAAGUCCAUUUGCUCUUAAGAGACAUCAAAAAUGAUUCAGAAAUUCCUCAGAUGCGAGAACUCAUAUCAAUGUGUGGCAGAUAUCUGGCGCCGACGGGUGCGAUGUGUGUGAUUGAACCCCUGUCCAUACGACCCAACUAUUACUUGCGAUCAUACGAUUUGGCCAAACAGUUGAUCCAAGAGAUUAAUGAUCCCAACGUUAAGAUAAUGCUCGACACCUACCACUUGCAGAGACUUCACGGGAAUCUAACCCAUUAUAUCAAUGUAUUUGAUUGCCUAAGAGUGUGACCGUUGAGUUA